GAUGGAUGUCAAUGGCGAAAAUAUGGGCAGAAGAAGGCCAAAGGAAACCCUUGUCCUCGAGCUUACUAUCGUUGCACCAUGGACUCCAGUUGCCCGGUUCGCAAACAGGUACAACGAUGUGCGAAAGAUCGAACUGUUCUUAUAACGACUUACGAAGGCAAUCACAACCAUCCACUGCCUCCUGCUGCUGUGUCAAUGGCAUCAACAACAUCAGCUGCGGCGUCCAUGCUCCUUUCGGGAUCAAUGAUCAGCCCAGAUGGGAUGAUUAGCUCACCAAGUUUGGCAUCACUCUCUGCUUCAGCGCCAUUUCCUACUGUUACUUUAGACCUCACUCAGCACAGUCCCGAAAAUCCCACACUGUUUCAAUGCCCAGUAAGCCAAGUUCAUGGCUCUUCUCAAAACCUGCCUCUCAAUUCUCUCGCCAUGCCACAGGUUUUUGGUCAGCUGGUUAAUGAGCAACCAAACAAUAUUUUGGGUCUUCUUAGAACACUGAGACUUGAAACUCCCUGUUUACCGCAAAAUGAGAUGCAGGCGACUGUGCCAUAUGACAACAUUAGCGCGGCAUUAACGGCCGCCAUUAAAUCUGAUCCAAGCUUCACUGCAGCUCUAGUGGCCGCCAUCACUUCCAUUCUUGGCAAUUCUCAUGAUCAAAACCAGCAAAAUGGUAACAACUCUACAACUACAGGAAACAGCAGCGACAUGAACACAUGAGAAUCUGAACUCAGAAGAGAUCUAUAUAAAUUUAGGAUCAGCUACUUUCUAUCCUAUCGGAAAGCCAAAUGUUCUUAAUUGAAAUGAAAGUUCUUAGCGGUGGGUUAUUGUUAUGCCCAGCAGGGUAGUUGUAAAAAAAAUGCUUCAUUAUUAUGAGCUUAUGUUAAGAG